ACCCCUGCUGAACUCCCUGCAGCUAUUCAGAGUGCGAAAAAAAUAAUUCAAAGUGCUAAAACUGGUAGCUUCAAACAUCUUACGGUUAAGGAAGCUGUGCUGAAUGGUUUGGUGGCCACUGAGGUGUGGAUGUGGUUUUAUGUCGGAGAGAUCAUAGGCAAACGUGGCAUCGUUGGCUAUGAUGUGUGAAGACUGACCUUCACAUCUGAUUUUAUUUGAGUUCUUUCAAUAUUCUUGGACCACAUGUAAUGAGACUGCUAUCUGAAUAAAAUACCAACUGUCAAAUAGCAGUGUUUCUCUGUCAAGUACUA